AUGCCUACCUUACUGUUUGGUUUCCAGAAGAAGAGUCGCUUGGAUUCACACGGCAGGGACAGUGGAGUGGUGAUCCUUAGCAACAAACCGUAUAAGGACGAAUCAGGUGUUGCUGGACAAUAUACGUUCAAGAUCUACCACAUUGGAAGCAAGAUCCCUGUGUGGAUUCGAAGCAUUUUGCCAUCCAGCGCACUGGAAGUCCACGAAGAGGCUUGGAAUGCUUACCCUUAUACAAAAACGAGUAUUGAGGUGGAAACCAUCUAUCGAAAUGAUCAUGGAACGGAGGAUAACGUCUUCAAUCUGAAUCCAGAAGAGUUGAAACAUCUUAUUGUGGACGUCAUGGACUUUGUCAAGGAUCCGAUCCCCAGUAAUGACUAUUGUGCUGAAGAAGACCCCAAAAUAUUCCAUAGUCAGAAAACAAACCGAGGCCCGCUUAACGAUGAUUGGGUGGAGGAGUUCGUCCAAGCAGGUAAGCCGAUAAUGUGUGCGUACAAAAUUUGCCGCGUGGAGUUUCGCUAUUGGGGAAUGCAAACGCGUGCUGAGCGAUGGAUUCACGAUUUGGCGCUUCGGAAUACGAUGCUUCGAGCUCACAGACAAGCCUGGGCGUGGCAGGACGAAUGGGUGGGGUUGAAUAUGAACGACAUCAGACGGCUUGAAAUUGAAGCUGCUGAACACCUCUCUUCAGUCAUGACCACAAGAAAUGGCGAAGCCACCGAUGAUUCCGAUGGAUCGUCUGACGAUGUGUACUUCGAUUGUAGUGAUGGGUCAUCGCAAAAUCACAAACCAUCUAUAAUUCGUUGGAGUUCCGAGCUUGAGCUAGGGAUUGUCGAUGAACACUCGCCUCCACUCACACCAUAUGAAACUCGCGCUGCCGCUUUGCUGAUCAUGGUAUUUCACGGUGAAUUCUGCCCGGAUAACCCUAUCGAUUCAAAAGCAAAUGACACGAAUACGUUUAAGUAA